AUGACGUCCGAGACGACUCCGUUGAGGCUGCGCUCGACGUCGCUGCAGUAUAAUCUGCGCAUCUGGAGACGCGAAGAAGCGCGCAAGAGAGACCUCAAGCGUGGUGGCGCCUUCAUCUUCGCGCUAUGUGCCAUCAGUCUCAUGGUCAUGUACGUCGCUGAACCUCUGACUGACAAUGCAGAGAGCGACGAUACUGAGACGCAAGUACAGACGCACGCGGCGACACAAGGAGAACCGGUGAAUACAACGACGGAUAGUGAGGUCUUCUGCGGGCUCACUACGCAGGACUCGGGAUACAUCAAGCUACCAAACAAGGUCGACGACCACUACUUUUACUGGUACUUCGAGUCACGCAGUCAGCCAGCUACUGACCCGCUCGUGCUCUGGCUCACGGGAGGACCAGGAUGCUCCAGUAUGAUGGCGCUACUCACUGAGAACGGACCGUGUCACGUACAGCCAGAUUUGUCUACGAAACUCAACCCGUAUUCAUGGACGAACGAGAGCAACGUGGUGUGGUUGGACCAGCCAACGACCGUGGGAUUCACAUACGGCGACGAACGUGACGCCGACAACAGCGAGGACAACGUCGGGGAGAAUAUCUACUACUUUUUGCAAGGUUUCUUUGAGAAACACCCGGAACUUACAGGUCGCGACUUCUACAUCACUGGCGAGAGCUACGGCGGCCACUAUGUCCCUGUAGCGGCGCAUUAUAUGUGGCAGAAGAAUAAACAGAAUGCUGGCACGUCAAAGUUUAUCAACUUAAAGGGAAUUGCUAUCGGCAAUGGCCCUACACAAGCGGCAAUUCAGAUGCCACACUACAUCGAUAUGGCUAUCCACAACGCGUACAACAUUUCGCUAGUAGAUGUAGCGCAACUGAACGAGAUGAAGACAGCUGUACCAGUGUGUAUCUCUCUCUUGGAGCAGUGUCCACAGAACGUGACGGCGUGUGGUGUCGGAGAGGAUUUCUGUAUGGAGAAGUUGUUCGAACCGAUGCUCAAGGCCGAUAGAAACCCGCUCGACAUCCGUCUGCCGUGCAAAAACGACGGUGACGACACUGAGUGCUACGAUAUGUCUUUUGUAUCCAAGUAUCUAGACGCACCCAACGUACGCGAAGCGCUAGGAGUGGACUCGAAACGUGUAGGCGCGUGGCAGGAGUGUAACUCGAAGAUCUACGAAACGUUUCUAAAGACUGCAGACCCGGCCAAGCCAUUCAACGCCUACGUGGCAGAUCUACUGAACGACGACGUGCGUGUUCUCAUUUACGCGGGUGACGCAGAUCUCGUGUGCAAUUGGUACGGCAAUGAAGCAUGGACACUGGCACUGCAAUGGAAGGGCAGAGAUGGCUUCAAUGCAGCACCAGAGACCUCGUUUCUAACAGCAAAUGGAACGAACGCAGGAAUGGCGCGAUCAUUCAACCAGUUCACGCUGUUAAAGGUGUUCAACUCAGGGCACAUGGUGCCGAUGGAUCAGCCGGCUGUGGCAUUAGAAAUGCUCAACAAAUUUCUAAAAAACGAGCAAUUUUUAAUGACUUUUUAA